AUGCUGCAGCAUCUCGAAUGUCCUCGCAAGGGCUUAGUUGGCUCUUGGGCGCACGUAUAUCGCACCUUUGCAACGCCGGUUUCUCAGAUCGGGUUCUUGGGGGAGUCGAGACGCCGGUGGCACAAGUGGCACAAAGGUAAAGAGACAGGUAUCAUGGAUGAGCCCAUGCCCCGGUGUUACUUACAGGGCACAGUGCCUUCACGUACGCAUUAUGUCUUCCGUUCCGGCCGUUGGGUGGCUAAGAGCAGCUGGCCCGCUCCUGGAAUCAAGCCUCGCACCUUGAAGUUCUCAGCAGGACGAAUAAGUGAGGAGCCAGCGUCCACGAGCGACCAACAACUCUCCACAUGCUCUAAACUGACCGUGGGCUUCGCUGAGGGACUUUGGUGCUCGGUACGCCGAUCGUCCGCCGCGGCAUUGCAAGCAACAAGUCAGACGCCCUAG